UUCGCGAUCACUGUUUUCGAGUUGUUUUGCGUGUUUCUGCUUAUCCCAAAGAACCGUUGACGUUCGUGCAGUAAAAAUGAGUGAGAACGGAGAACUCGGCGACCAGGAGGACCAACAGCCUGGAGGCAAGAAAAUGGAGAUACAGCUGGAGCUCAACCUGAAGCAAAAGCUUGCCACCCGUCUGGGCACUCUGAUUGCGGCAUCUUUGGUUUAUUUCUGCUUCUGCUGCGAUACUGCCGUGGCCAGCGUUAUUUUCGCCGCGCUCUUGGGUCUACUCCUGCGGAGUCCCACAUUUGUGUUUUCCCUGGUAAUGACCGCCCAGAGGGACAUAAUGGCUCUGCAGCGCUUCUUGGCCCUCAAUUUGUAUCUCCUGAAGCGGGAUCGAGGUGGCUUCACCAUAGCGCGAUGCUUCCAGCAACUGGCCCGCGCGCAGCCCCAAAAGUCCUGUUUUGUCAUGGACGAUCGCAGGAUCACCUAUGCCGAGGCCCUGCUCCUCAGCGAGAAGGUGGCAGGAUUCUUCAGUACGCAAGGACUGCAGAGGGGCGACUGUGUGGCCCUGCUGAUGGAGACGCGCCUGGAGUAUCCCUGCAUUUGGCUCGGCCUCUCGCAGUUGGGCGUGAUCACGGCUCUGAUCAACUCGAAUCUUCGGGGAGAGUCGCUGCUGCACUCCAUCAAAGUGGCCAACGCCAAGGCCCUCAUUUUCGGAAGCGAGCUGAUGGAUGUUCUACAAUCGCUGAUCGAGAAGGAGCAGCUGCCAUGCCUUCCCGUCUAUCAGUACACCGAUAAAGAGCUGAGGACCAUUCCCGGACAUGAAUUACUGCCAGGAGCCGUGGACCUAAGUGCCGCCCUGGCGACGCAACAGGCCAUGGCCCUGCCGCCCUCAUCCUCAGCAGAGGAAGCGCGCUCCAAGCUGCUGUAUGUGUACACAUCCGGCACCACGGGACUGCCCAAGGCGGCUGUCAUUACCAACCUCCGCUUCCUUUUCAUGGCCGCCGGAACGUUCUACAUGCUACGCUUGAACCGCGACGAUGUGGUGUAUAAUCCUCUGCCCCUCUAUCACACCGCCGGGGGAAUUGUUGGCGUGGGCAUGGCUCUCCUCAACGGCUCCACUGUUGUUCUGCGCAAGAAGUUUUCGGCCAAGAACUUUUGGCUCGACUGCAGCCGCAACGACUGCACCGUGGCCCAGUACAUCGGGGAGCUGUGUCGCUACCUGCUGGCCACGCCCUACACCCCUGAGCAGCAGCAUCAUCGCCUUCGUAUGAUGUACGGCAACGGGCUGAGGCCACAGAUCUGGUCGCAGUUCGUCCGCCGCUUCUCCAUACCGCAGAUAGGCGAGAUAUACGGCGCCACGGAAGGAAACUCCAAUCUGAUUAACAUCUCGAACCGCGAGGGCGCCAUUGGCUUUGUGCCCGUCUACGGCCGGAAGAUCUAUCCCGUCCAGGUGCUGCUCUGCGAUGAAGAGACGGGGGAGCUACUGAAGGACCCACGGGGCCACUGCAUCCGCUGUCGACCCGGGGAGGCAGGUCUGCUGGUGGGCAAGGUGGAUUCCCGACGCGCGGUCAGCGCCUUCCAUGGCUAUGCGGACAAGGGCGCCUCGGAGAAGAAGCUACUGCGGAAUGUCUUUGCCAAGGACGACGUAUUCUUCAAUUCCGGUGACAUGGUGGUCUGCGAUAUACUCGGCUAUUUCUACUUCAAGGACCGCACGGGUGACACCUUCCGCUGGCGGGGCGAGAACGUGGCCACCCAAGAGGUGGAGGCCAUCAUAACGAACUGCGUUGGCCUCGAGGACUGUGUGGUCUAUGGCGUGGAGAUCCCCCAUGUGGAGGGCAAGGCUGGCAUGGCGGCGAUUGUGGAUCCCGGCCGCAAAGUGGACAUGGAUUAUCUGUCGAUUAUGCUGAGGGGUAGCCUGCCGGCCUACGCGCGACCCCUCUUCAUUCGGCUGCUGGACGAGAUUCCGCGCACGGCCACCUUCAAGUUGAAGAAGCGCGAGUUGGCCAAUGAGGGCUACGAUCUGACCCGGCUAUCGGAUCCAAUAUUUUACUUGAAUCGCGAUGGAGUCUACAGGCACUUGAGCAGGGAUCAAUAUAAGUCCUUGCAAGCGGGAACAGCGGGACUCUGAGGAACGCGGGGGAAUCCGGGGGUAUCCCGAUUAUUUACACAUAUAAGAUAUUGAAUGUUUUGUGAGUCCAAUUGUACUUUUAACACUAAACCAACCAACGACUGAUACCAAAGA